AUGACGAUACAUGGUCAUGAUAGCGACGGUGAUGAUGAUGAUGAUGAUGAUGAUGAUGACGGUGGUAUUGGUGAUGGUGAUAGCGAUGAUAGUGGUGGUGGUGAUAUAUAUAUAUAUAUAUAUAUAUAUAUAUAUAUAUAUAAAAGGAAAAAAAAGAAAAGAAAAGAAAAAGAAAAGAAAAAGAAAAAGGAAGAAGAAUUCAAUUUUGAUUGAAUUUUUCUCCUUUUAUUU